GCUAACGCUACGGAAAGUUUUGGUCAUUUAAUUUUUAUUUUAACAUGCUGAGAGAGUGUUUUGAUUCAAUUGUUUGGCAAUUUCCGUGCAAAAGCUGCUAAAAUUGCGUAUUUUGUGCUGCAUUUAAAUAUAAACAACAAUUGUGAUGCGAAAAACCCGCUCGCAAACUCAGGCGGAAAAUGCCGCUACAAUCACACAGCAGCAAACAGCAUCUUCAGCACCAAUAUCAGUAAACAUAUUUGAUGAGGCCAAAUUCAAGGAAUGUGAACAAAUGGUGCAGAUGCUACGAGUUGUAGAGCUGCAAAAGAUCUUAUCGUUUUUAAACAUUUCAUUCGCUGGACGAAAAACCGAUCUGCAAGGUCGCAUCCUAACGUUCCUGCGCACUAACCUGGAGCUGCUCGCACCCAAGGUCCAAGAAGUUUACGCCCAAUCCGUGCAAGAACAAAGCGCCACACUGCAGUACAUAGACCCAACUAGAAUGUACUCGCAUAUGCAGCUGCCUAGCGUGCAGCCAAACAAUGCGGGUCUCGCGAGUCUCGGUGCACCUGGAGCCCAGGUGCAGUCAGUGGGCGGCGUUAAUCCCGGCCAGAUGCCCGGCAGCGCUGGCGGUGCGCCCAACAUGAUACCAAACUUCCUGCACACGCACAGUAUGAAUAGCCAGAUGCCCAUACAUCCAGAUGUGCGUCUGAAAAAGCUCGCCUUCUACGAUGUCCUGGGCACCCUCAUCAAGCCAUCGACUCUGGUGCCGCGCAACACACAGCGUGUGCAGGAGGUACCUUUCUAUUUUACGCUGACGCCACAGCAGGCUACAGAGAUCGCCACAAAUCGCGACAUACGCAACAGUUCAAAGGUGGAGCACGCCAUACAAGUGCAACUGCGCUUCUCUCUCGUGGAGACCUCUUGCGACCAGGAGGACUGCUUUCCACCCAAUGUCAACGUCAAAGUUAACAACAAAUUGUGUCAGCUACCUAAUGUCAUUCCUACAAAUCGGCCAAACGUGGAGCCAAAACGUCCGCCACGGCCGGUAAAUGUUACCGCAAAUGUAAAACUGUCGCCUACGGUGACAAACACAAUAAUGGUACAAUGGUGCCCGGACUACACGCGUAGCUACUGCCUGGCUGUCUAUUUGGUUAAGAAACUAACAUCCGCACAGCUGCUGCACCGCAUGAAGACCAAGGGCGUUAAGCCCGCGGAUUACACGCGUGCUUUAAUUAAGGAGAAACUAACCGAGGACGCUGACUGCGAAAUAGCCACGACCAUGUUGAAGGUGUCGCUUAAUUGUCCGCUGGGAAAAAUGAAAAUGUCGCUGCCGUGCCGCGCAUCAACCUGCUCGCACUUGCAGUGCUUUGAUGCCAGUCUCUACCUGCAAAUGAACGAGCGCAAGCCCACCUGGAAUUGUCCAGUCUGCGAUAGGCCAGCCAUCUACGAUAAUUUAGUAAUCGAUGGCUAUUUUCAAGAGGUAUUACUAUCGUCGCUACUGAGAAGCGACGACACAGAAAUUCAGCUACAUCAGGAUGGCUCGUGGAGCACACCGGGACUGCGCAGCGACACUCAAAUACUGGAUACACCAGCAAAGCAAGUCUCGAAGGUUGAGGUCAUUUCGGAUGAUGUCGAAUUGAUCACAGAUGAUACAAAGCCGAUGAAGUCUGAUCCGUCUCCAGCGCCAGAGGAGCAGCCAACGUCCACAUCCAACAGUGAAACCGUGGAUUUAACCUUAAGUGAUUCGGAUGAUGAUAUGCCGCUGGCCAAGCGGCGACCGCCAUCCAAACAACCGGCGACAACGUCCACACAAAAUGGUGCCGCUCAACGUGCCUAUGCCUCAUCGCAGCAGCAGCCGCAAAGAACUGGCCUCUACACUUAACAUAAUAUUAGUUAGGCAUUUCUCUUUAAUUUAUAUGUGUUGUGCUUGGCUCGAUUAAUACACUUAGACACACACUUAAACACCCAAAACACACUCACACCUACAUACAGACAACAAACUACGUUACAACACAUGAUUUAUUAAUUGAUUAUUAUUGGGUUGUUUGGCAGCAACCAACCACACUUUUUAAUAUGUAAUUUGAGUUAAAGAAACACACACACAAAUAGACCUUAUGCAUUAAGCAAUAGCAUAAUACUAAAUAUAGAAAUCAAAUGUUAAUAUUUAAGUCACCUACAAUAAUUCCUAUUCAUACGAAGCAAACGAAGUGGAGUCGAGUGUCGAGUGGAGAGAAAUACUUUAUUUUUUCGUGCAUAAUUUAUCUGCUAAGUUAUCAUCAGUUUUUUGUUUUGGAAUUGCAUUUGAUUGAAGUUCAAGUGCGUUUGCAAACAAAAACAAUCAAAAGACCAAUUUCAGUUUAUCUAUAGCAUUACGUAUGUAUGUGUAUUUAUAUCAUCGCU